AUGAUGACAACAUUGCAGAGUAAAGAAGAAUAUGGGAAGGGGCCAAAGAAAACCUUUGCCCCACCUGCACAAAAAUUGCAUAGCUUGAUGUGCUAUAGCCCUAACUCACCCAAGGAGGAGACCCUGGGGAUCAGUGCCCUAAAGUCCAGGUCAGAGAAGAAGGAAGAGAAAGCAACCACAGAAAAUGGUCCAAGCAGUGGCCAGGAGAAUAAAGGAAAGCCUCAAGACAAGCACGCAGAGAAGAAAGAAAAGGAAAGAGCAAGUCUCACCAAUGCAGAAUUUGAGGAGAUUGUCCAGAUUGUACUACGGAAGUCCCUCCAGGAGUGCUUGGAGACUUCCUGUGCCCAGCCCAUAAGAUGCACCCAAUUAGACAAGGAACGAGGAGUUUCUUCUUCUACUGAUAAUGAUGAUGCUGAUGGAGAGAGGGUAAUGGUACCUCAUAUUCUAGAGAUUUCAGCCACUGAGGAAGCUGGAGUAACCUCUGUGAGAAAGACAUCUAAGCCAGGCCAGCCAGAUCCUGCACCCUCUCAGAAGAAAUUCAAUAGACCUUCCCUAAUCAAAGGAAAGAAGAGAGCUCAAAAUGAGAAAAUGGAAAAGGCCCAAAGUGGACAUGAGCAGAGACAGAAAAUCCAGCUGAAAAAAACAGUUCAAGAUGAUUCUCAGACCAGAAACCAACAAAAAGGAGAAGGCGGUGGUUUUAGUCAAUGUCUCGUCUGGGUCCAAUGUUCCUCCCCAAACUGUGAGAAGUGGAGGCGGCUUCGUGGGAACAUUGACCCCUCAGUGCUUCCUGAUAAUUGGUCCUGUGAUCAGAAUACAGACUUGAGGUACAAUCGCUGUGACAUCCCUGAGGAGUCCUGGACAGGGCGUGAGAGUGAUGUGGCCUAUGCCUCCUACGUCCCAGGAUCCAUCAUCUGGGCCAAGCAAUACGGUUACCCCUGGUGGCCAGGCAUGGUAGAAUCUGAUCCUGACCUGGGGGAAUAUUUUCUCUUUGCUUCUCAUCUUGAUUCCCUGCCGUCUAAAUACCAUGUGACAUUUUUUGGAGAAACAGUCUCUCGUGCUUGGAUCCCAGUCAACAUGCUAAAGAACUUCCAGGAGCUGUCCCUGGAGCUAGCUGGAGUGAAAAAGUGCAGGAACAAGGACUGCAACCAGAAGCUGGGAGCAGCCCUGACGAUGGCUCAAGAGGCAGAACAGAUCAGUAUACAGGAACGGGUUAACUUGUUUGGUUUCUGGAGCCGGUACAAUGGAUCUGACAGUCGUGGGGAAGGAAAAGACUUAAGGCUUUCUGGGGCUAACAGCCCAGAUUCCUGCUUGGAGAAAGAAGAGGAAGAGUCAGAGUUGGAGGUGAAGGAGUUGGAAGAGGAGGAAGAGAAAAAAGACCCAACUUUGCCCAGUCCCAAGCCAGCCAAAAUUCAGACCAAAAAACCCAAGGCAAGAGGGUUGGGGGGUGGGCGUGAUACAGGCCUAACAGAUGGACAAGAUGUAACCCUGCAAAAGAAGACAAUGAAGAGAGCUCUGGGAAAUAAAUCUGCAGCCCCUCCUGUACUCGUAACAGGAAGGAAAGAAGGGCAUGGGAAAUCGGAGCCUGACCAGCCAGGCCCUAAGAAAAAAUUUAAAGCUCCUCAAAGCAAAGCCUCAGGAACCAGCUUGUCUGAGGACAAAGAAGCUAGAAUGGUGCCCAAGGGCCUGACCCCACCAGCUCAUCGCGGGGUCUGUCCCGUGGGGGGGAAAGAAGGCUGGAAGUGUCCUCCGGCGGCUGGAAGUGUCCCCCCUGACGAUGACACCUCCAGUGACCUGGACCUGGAGCAACUCCUGGAAGAUGUUGGAAAAGAGCCAGAGCAGCUGGAGGGGCUGCAGUGUGGAGAUGAGCCUGGGGAGUUCACGUUGGCCUUCUUCGAGGAAUAG